UUGUUUUGUGUCACUGUCAUUAGUUGAAAUUGAACCAUUUUUCAAUCCGAUAUUCCUUUUAUUUUGAUAAUUGUUUUUAUAAUUUUAAUAUGACCACAUCGUAUACUAUAAAAAUCAAACGAUACCAACACGUUUUUUGAAAAGUUGUCGUCAAACCAUGUGGAGAAAAUGGCGAAUAAUGACGACAUCUUAGACAUAACCAACUUACACUUGGAAGGUAACUUUGAUUCACAAGUUGAAGGACUUAUGAAGUACAUUAGAUUGACUAGAACUGAGGUGGAACAAUUGCAAAUAUUAAUUAAUGACUUGCAGGGGACAAUGGAGAAAGCUUGGCCUGGUUGUACUGUCCAUGCAUUUGGAUCUAUUGUUACCGGGCUAGGAAUAAAAUCUAGUGACCUGGACUGCCACAUCAGCGUGCCCCCCUGGCUUUGGUCUCCGGCUAAUGUCUAUGUUUAUAAAGCCAGGGCACUCCUCAAAAAACAACCUCAUAUUUUCAAGGAGCCUUUUGCUAUCAGUGAAGCUAAGAUUCCAAUUGUAAAAUUUUACCACAUCCCGACUCAACGACAGUGCGAUAUCACUUUUACGUCCCCGCAAUCUAUCGAAAAUAGCAAAUUACUAGCUUACUAUAUGGAAUUGGAUCACAGAGGGAAGUCACUCACUAUUCUAAUAAAGUACUGGGCAAAAAUACAUGGGCUAACGGGCACUAAUUUAAUACCCAACUAUGCUAUGAUUUUACUAGUAGUAUUUUAUUUACAGCAAAAAGCCAUUUUACCGCCCGUACAUAGGCUUCAAAGCAACGAACAUAUUGUUGACAACUGGAAUGUGGCCUUUGAGGAUGUUAUGCACAUUAGUGGCAACAACAUAACCCUUUAUGAUCUUCUCGGUGGUUUCUUUAUAUUCUACAGGGAUUUUAACUAUGAUAAGUUUAUUAUUAGUCCAUUUCUGGGGCAACCAAUAACUAGAGAAUCCUUUUCCAAAGUGGGAAAUGAGCCACCAGAGUAUAGAUUAUAUAGAGAAAAUUUACAAAACGAUAGGUGUAAGCCAUUGAGAAUGGGUAGCAUAAUUUGUUUACAGGAUCCUUUCGACCACAGCAGAAAUUGUACUGUGGCAGUCCAUCCUAAGUUAGUUAAUAAAUUGAUGUCAUACUUAAGACUCGGCGCGACGGCGUAUGAAAUUGAGAAGAGUGAUGCCUUCCUCUGGGCCAUUUUAUCAAUGAGAAUAGAAGAACGUCCCGCCGUAACUACAAAAGUAGUUCCUCGAUGCAUCUUCAAAAAGAAAAACGCUAGUAAAAAACAGAAAAAAAUCUUUCAUGAAGCAUUUAUUCGUGCUCGACAAAAGAAUAAAAACAAAAUUUGAACAUAGAUAUUUUCUAACGUGUUUUCGGGAUAUUUUGAAUAUCGCAUGUAGUCUUUAGACAUAUCUAAGUGAGGGCAAAUAAGAAUUAUGAAUAUCGUAUUGUGUGAUAAUUUAAAAAUAAGGUACAAUUGAUAACAAAGAUUAAAUAAACUCUUUAAAUAAAUUUAGGGCUGUAAUUCAGGUUUUAAUGCUUGUCCGAGAAGGACUCCAGUUUUUUCUGUUUUAGUGUGUGUGUUAAUGUAAGAUCAGUGAAACCGGAAAAUCUAUUUAUUUUUAAUAUUUAAGAUGAAUGUAAUGUAAUUCUAAGCAUAUAAUUUGUGAAGUAUUAAAUGUAACAGAUUGUGAUUAAA